AUGAAUUUGCUCACCGUUCAUGUCGCCGUGGUUUUGCAACUCCCCCUCCUGGAGUCCGUCGUUGCCCAGGCCGUUGUCCCUCCCGUCGGGGGUGAGCUUGCAUAUCUUAUAGCUUCGCCAGUUGGUGCCGCAUUUCUCUGCCAAGUUGCUAAGCGCCUCGUGCGUCAUCGGAAUAAAGCUCAGCAACACCUUGGCGUACUUAUCGGCGUCCGCCUCCCGGCACUCCGCGCCCGAGUAAGUGGAGAUAUAUGCAUCGCCGAACUCAGCGUCGAAGGCACUGAGUCCCCUGCUCACGGAGUCCAGCGUGGGAGUGGAGGGCUUCUGGAAGCCCUGCGGCCUCAGCUGUGUGAGCGCAUCCUUGAGGUUGUGGAGCAGGCCUCGCAGCCUGUCGUCGAAGCCCUGCGUCACGCAGAGGGCGAAGUGUUUCAGCGCGUCCCUGGCGGACUCCACGUAGUCACGCCGCGCCUGCUUGCUGAGCUCCGCGAUUGCCUUUUCAAUCUCACUGUCUACGAAGCGUUCAAUGUUUUCUACUUUCUCCCAUUUUAUGUCGUCGGCUUUCUCGAGGAACUUGUCGCACAUGUCGAUGGUCUUGUGAAGGUCACCGGUGCGGAGGGUGUGGAUGUCACUCUUGAUUUUUGCGAGGUCUUUGUCGAUGUUAUUUUCUUUGAAAAGCCCCAACUUCCAAUCCACACUGCCGGCUUCGCUCGCAAUCUUGGCGCACAGUUCACCAAGGAAUUUGUUGAUGUCAGGGACUGUAUCCCUGUUGAGCUCUUCAAUCUCUUUCUUGAUUCUAUUUAA